AUGACGCAAACUUUACAAGAAACGAACACAGACUCUUCUCUGACUAUAUCUGACCUAAAAAAUAUUACAGAUAUUCAGAAUGUGAUCGAAAAACUAAAUGAGAUUGUUAAAAACCAGAAUGACUCAGAUGAAGACGAUUACAUUGAAAGGCCAUGCCGUGUCUUCGAUCCAGAGUGUAUCAGAUCGUAUUUCGCUGCGCAUGGGCAUUGUAAGAAAGUAGAUGGUACUGUGCCGGAACCGUUACAUAGAUCAGCAUCUACUGGUUACCUACCACGAAUCAAUUUGACAGUGACUUUGGUGAAUGUUGACUAUUAUGGACUUAAUGGACAGAUCGUUGAGUUUUACAUUAAUAGAAAAACUAAUAAACUGGUGUUGGCAGUUCAGAUGAGUAAUGUAGUAUCGUUUGUGCGGCCAGCCUAUUUUAGGUUCCAUCGUCGAGCGCAGGAACCGAUCGUGAGGAGCACACCAGCGAGGGUCCAGUUUGGUACCAUUACACCAACAAUUAUAAUACCAAAUUUGAACGACUUGAGACUGGACCAAGCCGAGAUAUUCUCGUACAUUGAAUCUCCUUCUCCCAUAACGACGGUGAACCCGUUGGCUUUUGCUAGCACAGAUUAA